CAUGUCACAGUUGGCACGCGCGCCAUGACGUCAGGCAGAAGCUCAACACGGCCUCGGAAGUGAGGAGGUGGAGAGGAGGAGCUGGAGGAGUAACCCUCAGAGGGUAUUUCAGGUUCAUGAGCACAGAGCAUCGUUGAUCGUCACACACAGAGAAGAGAACAGCAGCAGGAGCCAUGGCUGUUGUGGAUGACUCUGUUCUCUCCCUCGUCUCCAGCCCCACCGCUCUGCUGGGGGCUGUUGUUGUGCUCCUCGUCCUCUGCCUCGUGUCCAGCAGCUUCAGCUCGGAUGGAGCGGGGAAGGGUCCCCCGGGGCCGAGGCCUCUGCCCCUGCUUGGCAACAUGUUGCAGCUGGAUCUCAAGAGACCCUACAGGACCCUGUGUGAGCUUUCAGAGAAAUACGGCUCAGUGUUCACCGUUUACUUUGGACCCAAUAAAGUGGUGGUGCUGGCAGGAUACAAGGCGGUCAGAGAGGCUCUGGUCAACUUCUCAGAGGAGUUUGGAGACCGACACAUCUCUCCUAUUUUUUAUGAGAUUAAUCAAGGUCAUGGAAUCAUUUUUUCAAACGGAGAGUCGUGGAAAGAGAUGAGACGUUUCGCCCUCUCCACCCUCAGAGACUUCGGGAUGGGCAAGAGAGUAAUUGAGGAUAAAAUCGUGGAGGAGUGUCGGUUCCUGAUCCAGAUGUUUGAGGAGCACAAAGGGAAACCAUUAAAUACAACAAAUCCAUUAUAUUAUGCGACGUCCAACAUCAUCUCCUCCAUCGUGUUCGGGAGCAGAUUUGAAUAUAAUGACCCUCGGUUUCAAYACUUGGUGAGAAGAACGGGUGAAAGCAUACAAUACUCAGGCACCGCUUCAAUCCAGCUUUACAACAUGUUUCCCAGGUUGGUCAGUUGGAUAAAAAACCGGCAGCUCAUYUUAAAUAAUGUCAAAUCGACCAUCAGGGAUGUUAAUGUGUUAAUCAAGCAACUGAGAGAGACCCUGAACACAAACUCCUGCAGGGGGCUCGUGGACUGUUUCAUAGUUCGGAAACAGAAAGAAGAGGACUCUUGUGUUAUGGACACUCACUACAAUGAGCAAAACUUAUUUUUUACCAUUACAAACUUGUUUUCUGCUGGCACCGACACCUCUGCAAGUACACUCAAAUGGGGUUUGCUGCUUAUGGCCAAAUAUCCACAUAUACAGGACCAGGUGCAGGAGGAGCUGAGCAGGGUGAUCGGAGGCCGUCAGGUUCGAGUGGAGGACAGGAAGAACCUGCCGUACACAGACGCCGUCGUCCAUGAGACGCAGAGACUGGCUAACAUUGUCCCCAUGGCCAUUCCUCACAAAACCAGCCGAGACAUCACAUUCCAGGGCUACUUUAUUAAAGCGGGGACUGUUGCAAACUGA